AUGCGGUUAUUAUUAAGAGCUCAGCUAGUAUUGUGGCUAUUAAUAGCUACAGCGUGGGCUAGAAAUUUUCAAGGAGGUAAGACUGUUGAUUGGGGUAAUCAAAAUGUUGGCACUGGAGAUGUCCAUAUAUUUCCAGGGGCAAUUUGGUCCAUCAUCAACAACGCUGCAUCAGAUUUCCACGGAAACAUUCAGGUUGAUGAAAAUGGUGGCCUCUACGUAUCAGCGGUUUCACCUAGUAUUACUUUGUCUGCUACCUUGUACGAUUCAAUCUAUGGUUUUGUCAACAAUGGUGUUGUCUCAUUCAAUGCUAUCAAAGGUGCUUCAGGCUACAUUUUCAAAAUCAUGGGUAACAAGUUUGAAAACAACGGUGAUUUGUUUUUUGCUGCUUCGGGUCAAGGUUCCAUGGAAAGUUGGAUCAAGGCACCUGAUUUCCACAACAACGGGUUCAUGCACUUCUACCAAGUGAUGAAGAGUGACAGCUAUACCUACUUGGGUUAUGACGGAAAGACAAUGGUUAACAAUGGACAAAUUUGUUUCACCAAUCAAAACUGGAAGCAACUCACUGGUAUGUUGGGAUCGGGUUGUGUUACUGCGCAAGGUAAAUCAUCAUUCUACUUUAUGAAUACCAAUUUACAAAUCUCAGAGGGUGAAAUCUUUUACUUGAAUGGUGGUGAAACAUCGAUCAUGGCAGUUGGAUCGACUAACAAUCCACAAACUUUCCAUGUUAGAGGUUUUGGUACUGACAAGAAUGGCGUCGCCAACAAACUUGGAUUAACAGCAACUUUAUCAACCCCUACACCAGGAAAGAAUCCAUGGGCUUACAAUGCCAGAGAUGGUAUUUUGACAUUGUAUGUUGGGUUGUAUACUCAAAACUUUGAAAUUGGUACAGGCUAUGACUUUACAAAGUUCCAAAUCGUCAGUGAUACAAGUAGGGGAUUACCAGGAAUAUACAAUGGUGCAGUACAAUACAAUGGUCCACCACCAAAUCCAGGUAUGCCACCAGAGUGUAAACCAUGCAAACCUAUUCCAGGAAUCCCAGGAGUUGAUCCUGAUCCAACAACUCUGUCAAUCAGGACAUUGCCUGAAACAACCAAAGAUGCAACUACAAAUACUCCUGCUGAUAGUUUGUCGUAUGAGUCAACCACAACUGUCACUGACAUGACAACAAGUACCCACACCACUGUGGUUACCACUACUUGGCUCGUGACCAACUCGGAUGGGUCUGUUGAAACUGAAACAGGUAUUGCAACUCCAUCGGACACCAACUCGUACGAAUCUACCACAACUGUCACUGACAUGACAACAAGUACCCACACCACUGUGGUUACCACUACUUGGCUCGUGACCAACUCGGAUGGGUCUGUUGAAACUGAAACAGGUAUUGCAACUCCAUCGGACACCAACUCGUACGAAUCUACCACAACUGUCACUGACAUGACAACAAGUACCCACACCACUGUGGUUACCACUACUUGGCUCGUGACCAACUCGGAUGGGUCUGUUGAAACUGAAACAGGUAUUGCAACUCCAUCGGACACCAACUCGUACGAAUCUACCACAACUGUCACUGAUACAACAUUCACGACAGAAACUACAGUGAUUACCACCACAUGGCUUGUGACCAAAUCGGACGGCUCAGUUGAAACUGAAACUGGUGUUAUAACGCAAUCAGGAGACUCUUCAAGUACCAUUACUACCUUUGAAACAUCAUCGGACACCAACUCGUACGACUCAACGACAACUGUCACUGAUACAACAACAACGACAGAAACCACUGUAUUUACAACCACGUGGAUUGUGACCAAAUCGGACGGCUCAGUUGAAACUGAAACUGGUGUUAUAACGCAAUCAGGAGACUCUUCAAGUACUGUUACUACUUUUGAAACACCAUCAGAAACAGGAGGAUCUUCAACCAUCUCCGGGCCUUCAGAAACUGACACGGAAUCUGGUAGUGUUACUGGCACUGGAUCAAUAACUGAUUCCAGUAGUUCUGGAGGAGUUGAAUCAACUGACAACGGAUUUGAACCAACUGGAGAACCAACCGGAGAACCAAGUGGUAGUGGAUCUGAAUCUACUGGAGAACCAACUGGAGAACCAACCGGAGAACCAAGUGGUAGUGGAUCUGAAUCUACUGGAGAACCAACUGGAGAACCAACUGGUAGUGGAUCUGAAUCUACUGGAGAACCAACUGGAAGUGGAUCUGAAUCCACUGGAGAACCAACCGGAGAACCAAGCGGUAGUGGAUCUGAAUCUACUGGAGAACCAACUGGCGAACCAAGUGGUAGUGUAUCUGAAUCUACUGGAGAACCAACCGGAGAACCAAGCGGUAGUGGAUCUGAAUCUACUGGAGAACCAACUGGAGAACCAACUGGAAGUGGAUCUGAAUCUACUGGAGAACCAACUGGAGAACCAACCGGAGAACCAAGCGGUAGUGGAUCUGAAUCUACUGGAGAACCAACUGGAGAACCAAGUGGUAGUGGAUCUGAAUCUACCGGUGAACCAACUGGAAGUGGAUCUGAAUCUACUGGAGAACCAACUGGGGAACCAAGUGGUAGUGGAUCUGAAUCUACUGGAGAACCAACUGGCGAACCAAGCGGUAGUGGAUCUGAAUCUACUGGAGAACCAACCGGAGAACCAAGCGGUAGUGGAUCUGAACCAACCGGAGAACCAACUGGAGAACCAAGCGGUAGUGGAUCCGAAUCUACUGGAGAACCAACUGGAGAACCAACUGGUAGUGGAUCUGAAUCUACCGGAGAACCAAGUGGUAGUGGAUCUGAAUCUACUGGAGAACCAACUGGAGAACCAACCGGAGAACCAAGUGGUAGUGGAUCUGAAUCUACUGGAGAACCAACUGGAGAACCAACCGGAGAACCAAGUGGUAGUGGAUCUGAAUCUACUGGAGAACCAACCGGAGAACCAAGCGGUAGUGGAUCUGAACCAACCGGAGAACCAACUGGAGAACCAAGCGGUAGUGGAUCCGAAUCUACUGGAGAACCAACUGGAGAACCAACUGGUAGUGGAUCUGAAUCUACUGGAGAACCAACUGGAGAACCAACCGGAGAACCAACUGGUAGUGGAUCUGAACCAACCGGAGAACCAACUGGAGAACCAAGCGGUAGUGGAUCUGAAUCUACUGGAGAACCAACUGGAGAACCAACCGGAGAACCAAGUGGUAGUGGAUCUGAAUCUACUGGAGAACCAACUGGAGAACCAAGCGGUAGUGGAUCUGAAUCUACUGGAGAACCAACUGGAGAACCAACCGGAGAACCAAGCGGUAGUGGAUCUGAAUCUACUGGAGAACCAACUGGAGAACCAACCGGAGAACCAAGCGGUAGUGGAUCUGAAUCUACUGGAGAACCAACUGGAGAACCAACAGGAGAACCAACAGGAGAACCAAGCGGUAGUGGAUCUGAAUCUACCGGUGAACCAAGUGGUAGUGGAUCUGAAUCUACCGGUGAACCAACUGGUAGUGGAUCUGAAUCUACCGGUGAACCAACUGGAAGUGGAUCUGAAUCUACUGGAGAACCAACUGGAGAACCAACCGGAGAACCAAGCGGUAGUGGAUCUGAAUCUACUGUAGAACCAACUGGAGAACCAACCGGAGAACCAAGCGGUAGUGGAUCUGAAUCUACUGGAGAACCAACUGGAGAACCAAGUGGUAGUGGAUCUGAAUCUACCGGUGAACCAACUGGUAGUGGAUCUGAAUCUACCGGUGAACCAACUGGAAGUGGAUCUGAAUCUACUGGAGAACCAACAGGAGAACCAAGUGGUAGUGGAUCUGAAUCUACUGGAGAACCAACUGGAGAACCAACCGGAGAACCAAGCGGUAGUGGAUCUGAAUCUACUGGAGAACCAACUGGAGAACCAAGCGGUAGUGGAUCUGAAUCUGCUGGUGGUCUGUCGACACCUGGAUAUUCAGUUCUGACAACUACUGAUACUACCACCACCACAGAAACAACAACUACAACUACGACUACCACUUGGACAGUGACUAAAUCAGAUGGAAGUGUGGAGACCGAAUCCGGUAUUGUAUCUGGAUCAGACAGUUCUUUGACUACCAUCACUACGUUUGAACCACCGUCAUCUAGCUCUGGAUUUGGAACUGAGUCCGGAUUGAUCACUGACACAAACAAUGAGAGUUCUGCUGGAUCAACUGGCGGUGCUUCUGAACCAACUGGCGGUGCAUCUGAAUCUACUGGCGGUGCCUCCGAACCAACUGGAGAACCAACUGGCGGUGCAUCUGAAUCUACUGGCGGUGCCUCUGAACCAACUGGAGAACCAAGUGGCGGUGCAUCUGAAUCUACUGGCGGUGCCUCUGAACCAACCGGAGAACCAACUGGCGGUGCAUCUGAAUCUACUGGCGGUGCCUCUGAACCAACUGGCGGUGCAUCUGAAUCUACUGGCGGUGCCUCUGAACCAACUGGUAAUGGAUCUGAGUCUACCGGAGAACCAACUGGAGAACCAACUGGCGGUGCAUCUGAAUCUACUGGCGGUGCCUCCGAACCAACUGGAGAACCAACUGGCGGUGCAUCUGAAUCUACUGGCGGUGCCUCUGAACCAACUGGAGAACCAACUGGCGGUGCAUCUGAAUCUACUGGCGGUGCCUCCGAACCAACUGGAGAACCAACUGGCGGUGCAUCUGAAUCUACUGACGGUGCCUCCGAACCAACUGGAGAACCAACUGGCGGUGCAUCUGAAUCUACUGGCGGUGCCUCUGAACCAACUGGAGAACCAACUGGUAAUGGAUCUGAAACUACUGGUGGUCUGUCGACACCUGGAUAUUCAGUUCUGACAACUACUGAUACUACCACCACCACAGAAACAACAACUACAACUACGACUACCACUUGGACAGUGACUAAAUCAGAUGGAAGUGUGGAGACCGAAUCCGGUAUUGUAUCUGUAUCAGACAGUUCUUUGACUACCAUCACUACGUUUGAGCCACCGUCAUCUAGCUCUGGAUCUGGAACUGAGUCCGGAUUGAUCACUGACACAAACAAUGAGAGCUCUGCUGGAUCAACUGGCGGUGCUUCUGAGUCAUCAGGACAAGCUACUGGCGGUGCAAGUGAAGCCACUGGACAUUCAACUGGUGGUGAUAGUUCGUCAUCAUUUGAUAAGCUGACAGCCUCUGAUGAUUUCUCGUUCAGUCUUCUUGGAUCUUAUUCAUCUGGUGUUGAGAGUGCAACUACUGGAGGUGGUGCUGGCGCUGGACAAACUACAGACUCCUUACUUAGUAUGACAACCGAUUCCCCUAGUGGAUUUAAUCCUGGACCUGAUGGUAAUAACGGAUCAGGCUCUGGUGAUAAUGGAACUGGUGCUGGAGACAACGGAACUGGAUCAGGUAACACUGGUGACAAUGGAACUGGAUCAGGUAACACUGGUGACAAUGGAACUGGAUCAGGUAACACUGGUGACAAUGGAACUGGAUCAGGUAACACUGGUGAUAACGGAACUGGUGCUGGUGAUAAUGGAACUGGUGCUGGAGACAAUGGAACUGGAUCAGGUAACACUGGUGACAAUGGAACUGGAUCAGGUAACACUGGUGACAAUGGAACUGGAUCAGGUAACACUGGUGAUAAUGGAACUGGAUCAGGUAACACUGGUGAUAACGGAACUGGUGCUGGUGAUAAUGGAACUGGUGCUGGAGACAACGGAACUGGAUCAGGUAACACUGGUGAUAAUGGAACUGGAUCAGGUAACACUGGUGACAAUGGAACUGGAUCAGGUAACACUGGUGAUAACGGAACUGGUGCUGGAGAUAAUGGAACUGGUGCUGGAGACAAUGGAACUGGAUCAGGUAACACUGGUGAUAAUGGAACUGGAUCAGGUAACACUGGUGAUAACGGAACUGGUGCUGGUGAUAACGGAACUGGAUCAGGUAACACUGGUGAUAAUGGAACUGGUGCUGGAGACAACGGAACUGGAUCAGGUAACACUGGUGAUAAUGGAACUGGUGCUGGAGACAACGGAACUGGAUCAGGUAACACUGGUGAUAAUGGAACUGGUGCUGGAGACAAUGGAACUGGAUCAGGUAACACUGGUGACAAUGGAACUGGUGCUGGAGACAACGGAACUGGAUCAGGUAACACUGGUGAUAAUGGAACUGGUGCUGGUGACAAUGGAACUGGAUCAGGUAACACUGGUGACAAUGGAACUGGUGCUGGAGACAACGGAACUGGAUCAGGUAACACUGGUGAUAACGGAACUGGUGCUGGUGACAAUGGAACUGGAUCAGGUAACACUGGUGACAAUGGAACUGGUGCUGGAGACAACGGAACUGGAUCAGGUAACACUGGUGAUAACGGAACUGGAUCAGGUAACACUGGUGCUGACAACGGAUCAGGAGCUGGAGAUAAUGGAAUCGGAUCAGGUAACACUGGAUCAGGAUCUGGAGAUAAUGGAAUCGGAUCAGGUAACACUGGAUCAGGAUCUGGAGACAAUGGAAUCGGAUCAGGUAACACUGGAUCAGGAGCUGGAGACAAUGGAAUCGGAUCAGGUAACACUGGUGCUGACAACGGAUCAGGAGCCGGAGACAAUGGAAUCGGAUCAGGUAACACUGGAUCAGGAGCCGGAGACAAUGGAAUCGGAUCAGGUAACACUGGAUCAGGAGCUGGAGAUAUGGGAUCGAAUACAAGUGCUGGUGCUACUAGAGAAGGAUCGACAUUGGCUACAGCUGUCACUGAUUCGACAGUGCCAUCACAAUCAGUCGAAGCCACUUCGUCGCCUUCAUCAGUUACUACAUAUGAAGGUUCAGCUUCAACCACCAAGGUAUCUACGAUUACUGGGUUCGUUAUGUGCGUAAUGGUGAUGAUCUUCUUUUAG